AUGGGUUUAUCAUUCUCAAAGUUGUUCUCCGGUCUCUUUGGCCGCAAGGAAAUGCGUAUCUUAAUGGUUGGUUUAGAUGCCGCUGGUAAGACCACCAUUUUAUAUAAGUUGAAAUUGGGUGAAAUUGUCACUACUAUCCCAACCAUUGGUUUCAACGUCGAAACUGUUGAAUAUAAGAACAUUUCCUUCACCGUUUGGGAUGUCGGUGGACAAGAUAAGAUUAGACCAUUAUGGAGAUACUACUUCCAAAACACCCAAGGUAUUAUUUUCGUUGUCGAUUCGAACGAUAGAGAUCGUAUUGCUGAAGCAAGAGAAGAAUUACAACAAAUGUUAAAUGAAGAUGAAUUGAGAGACGCAUUAUUGUUAGUUUUCGCUAACAAGCAAGAUUUACCAAAUGCCAUGAAUGCUGCUGAAAUCACUGAAAAGUUAGGUUUACAUUCUAUUAGACAAAGACCAUGGUACAUUCAAGCUACCUGUGCCACCUCUGGUGAUGGUUUAUAUGAAGGUUUAGAAUGGUUAUCUACCAACUUAAAGAAUUCUAUUUAA